UUGGAGAUGGUUUUAAUCCCCAUUUGAAGAAGAAGAAUAUAUAUGUAUGUUCUUUAAACAGUAGAAAAUAGGGGCGAAACAUAUAUUAAACAAAUAACGAGGGGUCAGAGUGAAAAAAACAAAUAUGAGUAAAGUUUUUACUCUCUACUUCUCCUUCACGACGCCAAGGAACAUUGUCUUCUCGAGAUGCCCACCGGAACCGGCAAAACCAUUGCGCUUCUCUCCCUUAUCACCAGUUACCGGCUCCCUCGUCCCGAUUCUCCGAUGAAGCUUGUCUACUGCACUCGUACUGUCCACGAGAUGGAGAAAACGCUCGGCGAGCUUAAGCUGCUCCAUGAAUACCAAGUAUGCCAUCUCGGCGCCCAGGCAAAGAUCCUCGCCAUCGGUCUUUCCUCCCGGAAGAAUCUCUGCGUUAAUCCUCAGGUUUUGGCGGCGGAGAAUCGCGAUUCCGUCGAUGCAGCGUGUAGGAAACGGACAGCUAGUUGGGUUAGGGCUUUGUCCGCCGAGAAUCCAAAUGUAGAACUCUGUGACUACUUUGAAAACUACGAGAAGGCUGCUGAGAAUGCGUUGUUGCCUCCUGGUGUUUACACUUUAGAGGAUUUAAGGGCGUUUGGUAAGAAUCGAGGAUGGUGUCCUUACUUCCUGGCGAGGCAUAUGGUUCAGUUCGCCAACGUCAUUGUUUACAGCUACCAGUACUUGCUUGAUCCUAAGGUUGCUGGAAUCAUAUCCAAGGAGUUACAAAAGGAGUCUGUGGUAGUGUUUGACGAGGCCCAUAAUAUAGAUAACGUCUGUAUUGAAGCACUCAGCGUCAGUGUGAGGAGGGUUACACUCGAAGGAGAAAAUGCAUUGAAGGAAAGUUUCAACAGUGUUAGAAAUGAUGAAGAUGCAUGUAAUUAUCUUCAUUUGGUAUGUGAACCAGAUUCGAAACGUCUUAACAAGUCGAGUGACUUAGAUGAAGAUAGGCACAACACUAAGCAGAGUGUAAAGUGGGAAGUGAAAAAGCAUUCUGCUGAAUGUAUUAUUUGUGAAAAGUAUUGAUUUUUCCCUAUUAUAUAUAUUACCUUUCUGCUCAAACUCUCUGAUGCACCUGAUAAUACGCUUGUAGGAGGAAUGGAGAAUCUCGAACCUGAAAGAGAACUUUCCGGGGCUUGUAAGAAACCGAAGACUGGGAAAUCACGAUUUUCUGCUGUAGAUCAACCUGAAUCCAACAAAAUUCUGGAUGCUGUUAACAAAUCUACGAUUGCGGAAGCCUCAGCACAGAAAGUGAAGGAUACUGCUAAGGCUUCCUCGCAUGAUGGAUACGAUGACAAAAAGAGGAAACACAAGGAAAAUACAGAAAGUGGGGAUUGUAUGAGACUUAGAGAAGCCGCAGUAACGGAGUCAAGUGGAGAGAAAGUUAGAAAGAGAAAGAGGCUUAAGGGUUCAAGUUGUGAUGGAAAGGAGCUGCCUUUUAGUAGUGAAAGUUAUGAUAAGGACAGAGGAGUUGUUGGUCAGGAAAAUGGUAGAGAUAGUGCUUCUCAUCCACCUUUUGGCGUCCUCUCCAAGUUUAUUAUGCAAGGAUUUGGGCUCUGAAAUUAUCAAAUCUUAUGUCCACGAAGCCAAAUGUUCGCUAGAUGAAUCACUAGCUCCUUCGGCAUUAGACCCACGUGAGCUUAAAUCUGGAAGAGUCUCAGAGAGGGAUGACCACCAUGAUACUAACUCUCAUGGGAUAAAGACAGAGCACACGGUGAGAAUUGUUCCACGGAAAAUUAUAAACCAAAGAAGUCAGGGAGAUAUUCUGGUGACAGUUGCACAGACGGUGAAUCUCAACGAAAGAAUAAGGAAAGGGGGUCAUCCACGCCGUUGAAAGAGAUUAGCAGGGUUACGGUAAAUGAAGUGCAAGAUCUUGGCACCGCUGUUGAAGUAAAAACAAAAGAAAGCAGAAGCAAGAAAAGACCUGCUAGAAAAGUGUCUACGGAGAGUAAUAAAGAAGGCUCAAGGGAAUAUCAAGAUCUUAAUACUAAGCUAGAUAUGAAUGGUAGUCAUUUUUCUUCUCCACAGAAAUGUGAUAGAGCAAAAUCUUCUCGUGGGAAAAGUAACCACUUGGAAGUGACCGCUGAGAAAUUAAGGAAUAAAUCAGCUCCAUCUGCUGGCCCAGAUCAAGUUGAAGUCAGUGAGGUAUCAACUACAAAGAAACAGAUAAUGAGAAGUGAUAAUCACAGUGUGACCCACGAUGUAGGUUCACGAAACCAAAAGCAAAAUGGAAGUGCGCAUAAGGAUCAUGUUGGCUCAAGCCCUUUGAAAAAGGAAUCCACGACUCAGGCUGUUUCUAACUCAAUCAAAGAGGCUACAGCCUUGAAACACAUAACUUAAGAAUGGUGGGUCCGAUCACGAGAGCACUGGUGUUUACUUUCAGGCAGCGCUAAAGUUUCUUCAUGGUGCCUCGCUUUUGGAGUCCUCUGGCACUGAGCAUGCCACGAAUAAGAGUAUUGCCAGAUCCAGGCAUAUUUAUGGCAGCACAGCAAAACUUUGCGAGUUUUGUGCUCAUGAAUAUGAGAAGAAUAGAGAUAUGGGGGCUGCUGCUCUGGCUUAUAAGUGUAUGGAAACAGCUUACCUAAGGAUAACUUAUUCUUCCCAGGAAAAUAUAAGCAGAUACAGAUAUGAGUUGCAAGCAGCUCUGCAAGUGAUUCCUUCAGGUGAGUCUCCUUCCUUUGCCUCUGAUGGUGAAAAUUCAAAUCAGACAUUAGCAGCGGAAAAGGUUGCCUUGUCAAACACUGUGAGAUCAUCCCCUAGAGGAACCGGAAAUCAUGUUAUCUCUUCAGGAAACAAUUCCUCUCUUUCACAGCUUUUGGCAUUUUCACAAAACGUAAGCUUUGCUAUGGAUGCAUCAAGAAAAGCACAGAUCGCACUUGCAGCUGCUAAUGGAAAGUCGUCUGAUACACGAUACAGUAGUGAUGGCAUAACAUCCAUCAAAAAGGCUCUUGAUUUCAGUUUUCAGGACAUGGAGAAAUUGUUGCAUGUGGUGGGGCUUGCAAUGGAAUGAAAGUGCCAAGAAAGUUUCCUAAACACUAGCCCUAUUGUUUGUCUUUUUUGUAUUUACAGUAUUGAUUAUAUCUCUUGCUUGUUCAGUGAUCAGCUUCCUAUUAGCACCAAAUUUGACAUGAGAAGUGAUCCUGGUGUUGUGAGGAACUAUGGAAAGCUUUUGGUGGAGAUGGUAUCUAUUUUUUUGUUAGUUACUCAUAUAUGGAUGGUAUUAUUGCCACAUGGAAUGAAACUGGAAUUCUUACGGUAAGAGGAUUUUUUACACAGUUUUGCAUGAAGUGCAAAUCUUUAUACGAUAUACUUUUUAGUUGCUACAGGGAUUAAUGUAUACUUGUUUCCAAAUAUGACCAGUGCUCUUAAUUUUCAAUGUAGGAUAUUAUGCAACAUAAACUUGUCUUCUUCGGAACGCAAGAUGUUGUAGAAACAACAUUGGCACUGGACAAUUAUCGCAGGGCCUGCGAUUCUGGAAGAGGUGCAGUUUUCUUCUCUGUAGCCAGGGGAGAAGUUGCUUAAGGUAUCGAUUUUGAUCGUCAUUAUGGAAGACUGGUUAUAAUGUUUGGAGUGCCUUUUCAAUAUACAUUAAGCAAGAUAUUACUAGCAAGGUUGGAGUAUUUGCGUGAUACAUUUCAAAUAAAUGAAGGAGAUUUCCUAACUUUUGAUGCCUUGAGGCAAGCAGCUCAAUGUGUAGGACGAGUAAUCCGGUCAAAGGCUGAUUAUGGAAUGAUGACAUUUGCAGACAAGAGAUAUAGCCGUCAUGACAAGCGGUCGAAAUUACCCGGUUGGAUACUUUCACAUCUGCGUGACGCGCACUUGAAUCUAAGCACUGACAUGGCUAUCCACAUUGCCCGAGAGUUUCUAAGGAAAAUGGCUCAACCGUACGAUAAGGCGGGUACUAAUACUAUGGGCAGGAAAACUCUUUUAACACAAGAAGAUUUAGAGAAGAUGGCCGAGACUGGUGCGCAAGACAUGGUUUAUUAGUAAACCGUGGAACAAAUUUUUGAAAACGAGAGAUUUUCUUACUUGUGGCAAUGGUUAGACAAAUGAAAAAUUGUAAUGAUGACGAUGAUACAAGGAUGCGCUUAGCUCUUUUUCAUUCAGCAAAAGUUGAGAACAUCAUCACAAUCCAUCAAUCAGCGUAUUACACAAAAUCAAUGGGCUAACAAUACAUCUUAGUCUAAGUUCUUAAUCCUCCAAUGCUGUUUGCUUCUCCCACAGCUCGUGUUUCCUGUUGUUGCGGGCAAUGAUCUUGAGGAGCUAGGCUCGUGGUCUCCACUCCUGUUUGCUUUUCCCACGGCUUCUUGUUGAGGCCACUUGUUGAGGCCAUGGUAGUAGCAUCCUUGGGAUGAGAAUGAAGGGAAGCCUCUCCUUCGUCAGCAGCCAUGGUAGUAGCAUCACCCGAGGCUCGCGGUCUCCACCCGCUUUGCCCAGCAGCAUCCUCAUCCUUGGGAAGAGAAAGAAGGAAAGCCUCUUCCUCCUCAGCAGCCAAUGCCAUGGCAUCACGCGAGGGUCGUCCUGGUCUCCACCCGAUUUGCUCAUCAGCAUACUCAGGAUCCAAGUUUCCAGGCACGGUGUGCGACUCACUCACUGCGUGUACUCUACCCUUGAGAUGCAUGGUGAAACCUUCAAAGGUUUGGGCAGCAAAACUGCAAAGCAUGCAAAACAAAGCAGGUUCACCCGUUUCACGAUGCUCCAGCCUCCUCUUGUCUCCUGUUUCACCUGUGAGUAAGCUUUUCCAGAGCCACACUUGGGAAGCGUAUUGGGGGGAAAAUCCCAUACGUUGUGGAAUUGCGCGAAAGAUGGUGUAUCCCAGGGCUUUUUGGCGGGACAAAUCUUCGUGCAACAUAGACUCACGACCGGAUAUGACCAUUAGACUAGCCGGAGGUGGAUUAUCAUCUUCCCACUUCCACAAAUCCAUCAGAAAGUCUAACACACCGAGGUGGGCGUGUCUAAGAGAGAUUCCAGAGAGAGAGAGGGGUUGCAAGACGCGAUUAGGGACGCCUUUUAGGUUGCCAAAGGCAGUGAUGUCCACACGACCUGCAGGAUCCAAGUACUUGUUCUUGACGAGCGCCGAUUCUAUACUCGAACGCACGUGAUAAGCGUCAUAACCACGGGGAACCGGACAGAGGUCCAUGUUCCACCACACCCACACCGUCUUAGCCACGCCGUUCUCCUUGUUUUGCAUCAUCAUCACCAAGUGCUCUUUCAACCACAAAAACAAACCGCAGUAAUUAGGUCUUGAACUUUGAAAAUAAUAAAUUCAAUAACCAAGUGUCGAAUACAAAGCCUU